AGGAAAAGUAAGAGACUUCCGUAUAGCUAAGGAGUAGCAGCAGCUGCAUUUUGCUUUCCUGGCUCAACCAGAAAUAGCAAAGAGAAUCACCUGAGAUUGUAACAAGAUAAGAUUAGGAUCAGAAACCCACCAAGCCACAGUACCCAAUACUUUCUGGAGGAUACAAGGAAGUGCUGCCAGCAAAUUAUGCAGAACAUCUGCUUUCCUGAUGAGUCAAGAAGACACUACUCAGUCAGGCACAGCAUCAUGAGGAAAGACUCCAGCUCCACUGAGAGAAGUCAGGCAGAAGCCCUGAAGGCCAAACUCCUCUACCAAGAUGUCUGUUUGGCAGCUCAGCGUCUGGACUUUUUCCUUCGUAAAGGAAAUGCCCAUAAAGAGGUUUUUAAGCCCCAUGUCCUGGCCCUCAGGGAUAUGGUUCAGCAAGUGUGCAUUAAACUCAUGUUCCUGUAUCCGGUGGAUUAUGGGAGGAAAGCAGAAGAACUGUUAUGGAGAAAAACAUACUCUGAUGUUGCUAUGCUUCUAAUGAAGACCAACAAAAAAUACAUGGAAACCUUUACACUGUGGGAAGCCCCGCUUCGGGCUCACCUGAAAGGUGGGCUCAGAUUCUAUGAACAUCUCUUCCUGUUCCUUCAGAAUCACUACGAACUGAAGUUACAGAGCUAUAUCGAUUGGCCUCACAAAGCUAUCCAUUUGAUUGGCUGUAAGAGAGUAGGCCCCACAUCAGAGGAAGAGAAGGCCUGGGCUCGAAUGGCCUGCCACCGCUGCCUGCUCUACCUUGGAGACUUGUUCCGCUACCAGAAUGAGUUCCUAGCCCUGGCCACCAAGGACUUGGCAGAGAGAUGUUACUACAGAGCUCUAUCUGUGGCCCCAUACAUGGGGAUGCCUUUUAACCAGCUGGGGGCUCUGGUGGGGAAUACAUACUAUGAUGUAGAAGCCACAUACUUCUACCAGCGCUGCCUCCAUUCAGAAGUGCCUUUUAAAGGGGCAUCUUGGAACCUCAAACGACUCUAUGACCACGCAGGAAAAAGGUAUAGUCAUCUUAAAAGGUACCAAGGAAGGAAACUGUCGCCCAGUCAGAGGCAGUGUUGGGAUAACAAAAGGCUUCUGGUUAGUUUCCUCUACCUGCAGAGCCUCUUGCAACCUCAGAGGAAAUUCAGAGCCACCAGGUUAAUGGCCCUGUGCCAGUUAGUUCUGGAAGACUUUGGUCUCUGUCUUUCCUAUCGGCCAUACCCAUCUGACUUGAAUCAGCCCCCCACAGGAAGAAAGCCCUCCAGAGGUUAUUUAUUUCUCCCAGACCUUCUCAUCUUUCACAUGGUGGUUCUUUGCCUAAUGAGUGUGCACAGCCUGAAGAAAACAGGCUCAAAGCAGUAUAGAGCAGCAGUCAUCUUCACCCUGACCCUGUUUUCACAUCUGAUUCAACACGUGAACACCAGGAUUCAGUCUGAGCUCCAGAAAGGGGAGCUGACAUCAGCGGUAACUCUCCCUCAUGACAGAAGGCAGGAGCAAGAGCCUGAGGAGAGCCAGCAAGAAUUUUCAGUCCCCAGUCCUGGGCACCCCUGGAGCACAUGUCAAAGAAGCCACAGGUCAUCUUCUGUUACCAGUGAAGGUGAUAACUCAGAAGCCAGUGUUCACUCUUGUUGUGACUCAGAUGAGAUGGCUAAAGAAGAAAGUACAUCUUUCAGUUCACCAAUACACUCAGAAACAAGUAGUGAAACUUCUUACUCAGAUACAACUGAUGAAGAAGACAGAGGAAUUUCAAGUCCAGAAGCAAUGCAUCCAACUGGGGUCAAGUCAACAUGUAGAGUUGCCCAGCCCAAGGGUAAGUUGCACAAAUGUAAAUCUCCUACUAGCCUCCUAGAUUUCUUGAAGACUACGAUUUCUGCUAACCUGCCAGCUCCUUUGAGCCAGAAACUUCAAGGGAAGUGUGGCUUGCACUUGACUCCUGUCCUCAGCUGCAGUCUUCUAAGGACUCGGUCUGAACUGAACCCUGUCUCCAAUAAUUCACCUGACACAGAGGACAAUAUGAGUAGUCUUCCUAAGACAGCACCUCCUACUGUCUUCACUUUGGGACAGAAUAUCUCCAUGAACCAGACUUGCCAUAAUCGACAGAUCAUUCAAAGGAAAUUGCAAGUCCUCUCUGCAGAGGGGCUGUUUCCCACCAUCAAGGUGAUCAUGAGUUGGCUCCGCACCAACCAUAGCCUCCUUACCUCGUGUUGGCAGGGUCCUCUCAGCCUGUGGGAGCACCUGUCUGUGCUGCUGAACCUGCUCCCAUCAGAGGCAGAACUUCAGGAAACAGAGCUAGGUCUGUCCCACUAUCUCCACAAUCUUUUGCAGAGUUGUUUGGGCCCAAACAUUCCAAGGUUCCCACAACUCCCUGAGGACACUGUCUUGUGCCAGAACUCUCCUCUGGAGUCCUCCCUGGAGAAGGAGCCCUUAGAUCAGGAACUCCCUCAACUCAGCAUGCAAGAAGCAGCUGCUGUGCGCAUCUGUUUCCUAAGAAGUUUUGGCCACUUUGCAACUACCCUUCCUGGACAGUUACUAAGGUUUGAUGCUAAGUUGGGGGUCUUUGUGAGCACUGCACUUGAAGGAUCAGAAAACCCUUCUCAGCCCUUCCUAGAGAGAACUUCCAGGAUCAGGUUUUCCAAAGACAUAGUUCAGUUGUGGCUUCAGCGUGAAGUUGUACAUUUGGAGAAGACCCUCCGGGGCCUCCAGAUCCGGUCAGCUCUGACCCCUUACCUGUUCCCAGACCCUCGAGCCCUCUGUGAACAUAUUUCAGUCAUCCAACAGCUUUCUACCAGUGGAAAGUUCUUUCUCAUCAUACCCAAGAUUGUGGUUGACAUACUAUAUGUCCUAAGGAAAGAAGACCACAGGGCUUUGGCAGCUAUCACCUUCCUAGAGGAUGAGUUGAAAAGAGGAAACCAAUACAUUCUCUGCCAGUCCUUUGUGUCUAAGAAGUUUGUGAGACCCAGGAUGACCAGACCAGACUCUGAUGCCUGGGAUCUGUAUAACAUUCUUGACUUCUGCAAAGGUCUUCUAGACUCAUCCAGGCCAGGGAUACCAAACCCCAGCAGUAUGGUUACUAUUAUCACUGGAAUCUGUUUAGACAACCCUAGAAACUUCUCCUACCCUCUACAGUUGGCCCUAGGGACGGCCACUGAAGCUGGUGUGGAAAUCAAGAAUGUUCGGCGCUUCCAUAGAGAGUGGAAGGCCAUCAGCUAAUAUGGUCUUGUCUCUCGUCUUUCUCUUUCAUCACUUGUAGAUCCAGCUCAAUCUGUCCACCUUGCUUCUAUGUACUUAAUGUGAAAGGUAGAUAUCAUGUAAAUGUAUAUUUGUACCUACCUAUAAGUAGAGUCUUAGUGUAUUAACUCUCAGAGGCCUUCAUAUUUCCUACUUUGUCACUGUGGUUUGAUACUGUGUUCUCUUCCUGAAAAAAACAUCUUGAAAUUGGGUCAACUCAAUGUGUAGUGUUCUCACAAUAAAGCAGCAAUUUAAGGAAGCACUUGCAAGUCUAGGUCCAGCUCCUUGGAACUUGUAUCUGCUUAGUUCUGUUUUGUCACAUGAAAAUCAUACUAUAGUGCUGUUGUAUUGUGAUGUGGUCAUGCCUGUUGUCUAAUGUAGACCUUUGCCAUCUGUGAAAACUCAAUAAAAAUAGAGCAAAAAUUUUGUGACUGGUA